AUGAACAAAAAUGAUCAACGUUCUAGACAUUCAAAUAACAAAGAAACGAUAGUGAUAACUGAUGAAGAAGAUGAACCAAAAAUUUCUAAGAAGAUAAAAAAUGAUAAUGAAAAUGAUUGUGUAAUGAGUGUAGAUGUUAUUCCAUGGAUGAGUAAGAAGACUCUUAUGAUCAGACAUCCAGUCUUGAGAUUGCACAAUGAAAUCGCUGAAUUUUAUGAAUACAUCUCGCCAUCCGACCAAGAACAUAAAAGAAGAGUCACUGCUUAUUUAAGAGUAGAGAAAUACUUGUAAGAUAUAGCCCCAGAGGCUUAGAUUGAAUCAUUCGGUAGUUUCAAAACAAGGAUGUAUUUGCCUAAUGCAGACAUAGAUAUAGUAAUGAUAGAAACAUCUUGCACACAAAAAUAAUUAUUUAAGAAGGUUGCUGCCAGAAUGAUGAAAUAAACUAAUAAAUUUGAAAAUGUUAAUUUAAUAGCCAAUGCUAAAGUGCCAAUCAUUAAGUUUGUUGAAGUGGAAUCCUAAUAUCAUUUUGACUUGUCAUUCAAUUAAUUAGAUGGAUUAAAAUAAAUCGAAGAAUUAGAAAAGGCUUUUGAACUUUAUCCUGAAUUAAAAUUUCUCUUAAUGACCUUAAAGUGUGUCUUAAGAUAAAGAGACUUAAAUGAAACAUACAGUGGAGGAGUGGGUUCAUUCUUGUUAUUCCAAAUGAUCCUGGCCUUUUUAAGAGAAUUUCGUAAGGAUUUCUUCUAACAUAAUAAAGAAGAUCAAAUUAAAAAUGUUACUUUAGGAGAAUACAUGAUUAAGUUUCUUGAAUUCUAUGGCAUCAAGUUUGAUGUAUCAAGGAAGAAAAUUGUUAUGGGUCAAGGAGGAAGAAUUGAAAAUAAAUCUACCCAAGAUGAAAGAUUCUCCUUGUUUAGUCCACAAGAUCCUGAUCAUGAUGUUGGUCAUAGUAGUUAUAAGAUCAAGGAAAUAUUUAAGAUCUUCUAAAAUAGACACAACUUCUUAACCAAUUAUAAUUUUAAGCCUGGAGAAUCCGUACUUAGAUACUUAAUUAAUCCAACAGAUUAGAAGUUUUCAUUUCUUAAACCAGCAUAAUUUUGA